UUGAAUGGUUUCUGUUAGUGAGUAGCAGUGGUUCCACAUAAGGCGCAAGAUGCUAUUAAUAGCCGUCUCGUAUGGUUGACAUUAUGCUCACUUUUAAGACGGUCACGUAAAAGUUUCAGGUAAACGAAAGUCAGAUCAAACCCUGGACAGGCAAGAUUUUUAACAAGUACAAAUAAACGGUUGGAAUUGAUCGCACCGGUUUGAUUUGCUUUCCCAUUAUUGAUUCAGAAUGCGCUCAAAAAUGCUGUCUUCGAUCGGCUGACCACUAGGUUUUGGGACACAGCCAUUGUCUGAAGUGUGGGAGGUUGAGGCGCGUGUGUUGUGUUGUUGCCUAACAACCUCUGCGUUUGCAGCGUCUGCACUCCCCGUCUUCUCCAUCUCCUCCUCCUCUGAACAAGUAUUUCUUCAUUUCCAUGCCCAGAGAGCAGCAUAUUCACUCUUGUGUUAUUGAUAAGAGCUUCGUCUGAUAAGGGAUUCUUUCCUGUCUGGAGCUUUUUAUUAACUGCUGAUUCUGGUUUGGGAGAAUAUGAGUGUCAACAUCAGCAACUUUAUGGAGGAGAGAAGGGCGAACACAGAAGAAGCACCUUACAUGGAGAUGAAGACAAGUUUUGGUAACAAGGAGAACAUCAAACCUGCUAACAAAACACAACCUUCACAACUCAAACAGACCAAAGAAGAGAGUUUUGGCCUCAGUUUACCUCUUGGAGAGGAAUAUGAAAGAAAAAAGCAGAAGUUAAAGCAAGAACUACGUCUCGAUUACCGGCGCUUUAUGUCUGAGUCCCACAUGCUGUCUCUUCCCAUAAAAGAACGGAGAUCAGCGAAAGAAAAACUGCAGGAUGAGAGGAACAAGGAAUAUAAUAUGUUUCUCCGAGGGCAAGAGGGAGCACAGAAAAAUGGGAAAACUUCAGCUACCCCACAGGCCCUGGAGAGAGAUCGCUUUGGCUCUAUUACUCCAAAGUACCCUACUGGUUCUCUAGAGGUACAAGCGCAAAGGGCCAGUCAGAGCCUGGAGAACAUUGUGUUCUCAAAAAGGGAUGUUGCCACUGUGACUGAGCCCAUUUCUGGAGUGCCGGAUCGCUGGGGAGGCCCUCACCGAGAUCACACCAGUUCUGAUGAGGAAAUAGAGCUCCUAGAGAAGGAGAGGCAUAGAAAUGUACAGGAAGACACAGGCAAAACCAGGAGAGGAGGAAAACACGACAACAGCUCUCACAGUCUACAAGCACCGACUCCAGUGCAAAGCAGAUCUGUCAACGAGCAGAACAUGACUGAGUUUGCCACAGGACUCAUGAUUGGUGCUACUGAAGGGAAUGAGGCCUCUCAGAGGAGGAAGGAACGUUACAGACUGGAGCUGCUACAGCAAAUAGCCGAACAGCAAAAGAACAAAAGGAAGGAGAAGGAGCUAGAGUUGAGAGUGGCUGCAACAGGCGCUGUUGAUCCAGAAAAAAAGCCAGAUCGAAUCAAACAGUUUGGUUCCGUGACCCGGGAACAUGAGGGCAGGAGAAGGGAUGUACCCUACCGCACUGGGCUGGGUCUGGAGGAGCUCAGGGCUGACUCGGCCAGGCGGCUCAAAGAAGAGAGACCUCCACAAGCAGCAAAGGAGACAGCACCCCCUGAGAGACCUCGUGUUGCUUUCCAGUCCCCAUCUAUAAACCACAACACUGUCUUAAGCCGGCUGGCUAAUACAUCAGGCCUUGGUCUGGAGGCUGGAGGCUUUGUUACUGAAGACAAUCACAGAAGUCUCUCAAGAACCCUGGGGGAGAUAGUUGCCCCAAGAAUUACAGGUGUGCGUCCAUUGGGUCCCUCCCUCACUGACUCCUAUCAAACUCCUUAUGAUAAUGUGUAUUACUAUUAUGGAACUAGAAAUCCUCUAGACCCCAAUCUGGCCUACUAUGGACCAGCAGUGGGUCAGCAGGCACACAUCCCUCCAGAAGCACAGUGGCCCGUUCUGCAGCCUCCCUCAGGAGGCCUCACAAAAGCGAUCAGCCAUGCUGGAGUUGUUCCUUCAGGACCAGCGUUCUUUCCUCCUGAGAGGCUGCAGCAGGCCAAGGAAAGUGCUGUUAGCUAUCAGGAAGCCCUGAAGCAGCAGAUUCAAGAACGACAGCAGAGACGGCAUCGCGAGAAGGUGGAAAAAGAGCUGUAUGAUGCUAAAAUAGAGGCUGAGAUGAAGGCCUACGAGCCCUGGGGAAGAGCAGGAGGAGGAGCCCCUCUUAGGGAUGGUCAUGGAAACCUCAUCAGUGAUUUGAAACAAAUGCAUAAAACAAACGUGGAAGCUUAUGAUUCCGGAGGCAGAUUGGCAAGGAUUCCAGUGGCUUCUAGAACAGAACCUGCAGGUUUUUGUUCUUCUCAGCCAUCUGUGAAAGCCCGGGGUAACCUUUUCAAUGAACUGCCCACUCCACAGCAGCUCCAUGAACAGGAAAAGUACAAGGAUUGCUUGAAACAACAGAUCGAGGAAAAGAGGAGAAAGGAGGCAGAAGAGAGGGAGCGGCACAGGCUCGAGGAAGAGAAAGAAGACAGGCGGUUGACUGAACAGCGAGCUCGGAUCCAAGGGGAGUAUGAGGAAGAGCAGGAGAGAAAGCGUCAGAAAGACAAAGAGCAAAUGGCCAAAAAUGAGGAGUUGAUUAGGCAAGCCGAAGAGCGCCGUAAAGAGGCUGAGAAAAUGAGGAAAGAAGUGGAGGAGAAGGAGAACAAAGCCCUGAGAAAUAGGCAGGAGAGAGAGAAAGAGACACAUCUGGAGGAGGUCCACAGGGCACCGUCACCACCCCUACCAGCCUGGCAGAAGAAACUACGUCAGCAGACGCCCAGACCUCCAUCGGUGGAGAGCCACUGCUCUUCUGCUACUCUGUCUAUUCGAUCUAUGUCAGCACCACAUUCUCCCCCAGUGCCUGCCCGCAGGAACGAGAUCAGGGCCACAGAAGAAAAAGAUACUGUGAUCAGGGAGUUAUCGGCCUUGCGUAGGCAGCUGCGGAGUGAACGGAGACGUCUGGAGGGAGAAUUGAUGCAGUCUAACAGAAAUGAUCACACCCCUCCUGUUCAUAGCAGGUCAAAAGAGCACCUCCCGGAGGAUGUUUUUGAAGUGGCGAGACUUCGCAAACAAGUCCCCAACAGGAGGCCGGCUUCCCACACCACUGCAGCGGUCAACAUGCAUAACCUGCAGGAGUUUAACCAUCUGAAGUACAGAGAUGGUGCAUCUCGUGAGGAGGUGCGGCAGACGUAUCCUGAUCCCCCCAGUGAUGAUCACAGCCUAGAUAUCCAGCAACAGGCUCUGUUACGCCAACAGCAACGAACCAUCAACAGCCUGAGGAGAGGCAGAGCUGCUGAUUACUUUGACAUGGUGUCUUCAGGGCAGCGGCAUCAUGAGCAAAGGCUGAAUUCUGCACAGGAUCCAGGCAGACACUUGCUGUUAGACUCAGAGAGUGCCUUUAUUGAACCCAGUGGCGAUUCAUUCCUUCUGCAAUCCCGGCGUGACCAGAGAGCGAGACCGGCAGUUAGGAAGACAGACAUGUCUGAAGAUGUGGUAAACCGGUACGCUCGACCUGACAGCAGUCCUGACAGUCAGUCUCUGCACUCGCUAACCAGCACAGAAAUUGAGCGGCUGAGAGAGCGCACAAAGAACAAGAUGACAUCGCUGAACAACAUGAGAGAACAUGAUUGGAGAUCAGGGGAAGUGUCAACAGAGGAAGGGGAGGAGCUAUGGCCACAGACUCCUCCUUCAACCAACCGGCGCAUUUCCAUCAACACCAUUGCCACAGACCCCUGGUUACGUCCUAGUUCCUCAGAAACACUGAAGAGAUUCAUGGGCAGUCGCAGGCCAUCCAGCCGAAACCACAUAGGCCAGGAUUGGGAAGGGCCGUCCACUUACCAUGGUUAAAUCUCAUUCAAAACGCAUGAAUUCUGAAUUCUUAUGACAGUUUUGCUAUUUAGCUAUUUGUAGUACUUGUAUACUUGAGGCCAAAGAUGAACAUUAACAAUUUAUAAGUCCAGUUUUUUUGUUCCUGUCUUACUUUUAAUUGAUGUGAAUGAAAUAUUGCACUUAGAAAGUUCUGGAACACUUCCUGUAGCAUUAAGAGUCUGUUCCCUCCGGUCAGAGAGUGCAGUCUGGGAGAUAUUCACUUUGAUGCUUCAUACUGUGACUGUAUGAACGUGUAAACUGCAUGAAUUCUCUUUGUCAGGUGAGAGAUAUGGACUUCCAUUGUUGUAAUAUGUAAUUAGAUUUUCAUUUUUAAUGAUUGUUUUACGACACAUGAAUUGUAAGUAGGAAUAUGAGCUUAUGCAAGCAUAAGUUUACAGUCUUAACUGAAAACAUAAGCUAAUUUAAUUAGCAUGUAAGGUGAUGUCUAUGGACUCUUUAAUAAAUAUUUUAAG